CCAUGAUCAUAUUUUGACCGUACAACUGCGCUGGGUUUUAUUGGACAUUGGCUUAGAUGUUAGUCAGAGGCUUCAAAGCUGAUGACAUGAAUCGAGCUUUCUAAAAUGGCUAAUCCGUUCUCAAUCCACCAGAUGGAUCAAAUUCAAUCUCCUGAUGGUUCUUCCAACGAUCUUAUUUUCUAGAUUUCCUUUCUGCUUCUCUUGAUCCCUAACAUGGAAGGCGAAUCCUCCUCUUGCGAGAGAUUCAAGCUCUACGAUCAGCUGGAAUUGUACGAAUUUCAGGAUAGGUUCGUUGUAAAGUCUGUGGAAUUUCCCAGUCGAGGCUUCUCGAUCAACCGCGGGGAUGGAAAUAUCGAGCCGCUUGAUUGUGAUACUACUUGUUUUGGAAAUGCAACAAAAAUGUCCACAAUUUAUGGAGUGGCUGGGACAAUAAGAUUAGUUGCCGGAGUAUACAUGCUUGUGAUAACUUCACGAAAAGAAGUAGGAAACUUCCUUGGUUUCCCUGUUUUUCAAGUAACGUCUAUGAAGUUCCUCCCUUGUGAUGCGGCUUUGAAGCUUUCAACUUCUCAAGAAAAAAAAGAUGAAGCUUACUUCCUGACUUUGUUGAAAACAGUGGAAACAACUCCGGGGUUGUAUUAUUCAUACCAAACAGAUUUAACGUUGAACUUACAGAGAAGGUGUAAGUUUGCUGAAGGAUGGACGGCAAGACCACUUUGGAAGCAGGCUGACCCUAGAUUCGUUUGGAACAAAAAUCUUCUAGUGGAACUUAUAGAGUUCAAGCUUGAUGAGUUCAUCAUUCCACUACUGCAAGGAAGCUUCCAGGCUGUACAGCUGAAGCUGAAAGAGUCACCUACUCAACUAACGUUAAUUUCAAGGCGAUGUACUCGACGACUAGGAACGAGAAUGUGGAGAAGGGGAGCCAAUCUUGAAGGUGACACAGCCAAUUUUAUCGAAACUGAGCAACUAGUGGAGCAUGAAGGUCUUAAAGCUUCACUAUUGCAGAUUCGAGGUUCGAUUCCUCUACUUUGGGAGCAGAUUGUUGAUUUGAGCUAUAAACCACACCUUAAAAUUGUCAAUGAUGAGAAAUCGUCGAAAGUUGUGCAACAUCACUUUUUUGAUCUUUCACAACGAUAUGGAGAGAUAAUAGCAGUUGACUUAACUGAUAAACAUGGUGAAGAAGGUCAAUUGAGUGCAGCAUUCGCUGCUGAAAUGCAGAAGCUGCCAACUGUUAGAUAUGUCCCCUUUGAUUUUCACCAUAUAUGUGGCACCACAAAGUUUGAAAAUCUGCAGCUUUUAUACGAUCAAAUCUCAGAGGAUUUUGAAAACCAAGGAUACCUCCUCAUAGAUCCAGAAGGAAAUAUACUUCGGGAGCAAAAGGGAAUUAUUAGAGCUAACUGCAUUGAUUGUCUUGAUAGAACAAAUGUUACUCAGUGUUUCUUGGCUCAAAGAUCUUUGACCAAGCAAUUGCAGAGGGUCGGACUACUUACAUCUGCUGAGUGCAUUACGAAGUGCAAUGAAGAUUACACAAAAUUUAGAACGUUGUGGGCUGAGCAAGGUGAUGAGAUUAGUCUCCAGUAUGCUGGUACUCAUGCUUUGAAAGGAGACUUAGUGAGAUAUGGAAAACAGACUUUUUCCGGAGUAAUCAAAGAUGGGAUGAGUGCUAUUACCAGAUAUUAUCUGAAUAAUUUCCAUGAUGGCGUUCGGCAGGAUGCAAUAGAUCUUAUAUGUGGCCGCUAUAGUAUCAAUAAACACGGUCCUUCACCUUUCCAACUUAAUGGAUUCGAAUCACUAUCUUAUCUCCCAGUAGCAUCAGUUCUAGUGGUUGGAGGUUUGACGAUUACAUCUCUCACGCUUCAGCAAGCGGGAAGGAACGCCCAGCAAUUUAUGUCAUCUGUGCUUUGGGCUGGUGUUACUGCUGGGGUAAUGGCAGUGGUCAAAGCAAAUGGCAAACAGUUCUGUUCUAGGCCUCGCUUGUGCAGCCUCCGUUAAAGGUUGGAUUCUCACACCACAUUCAUCUAAGCUUUAUUAUUUAUGGAGGCCAGAAAUUCAAUGCUGAUUUACUGUAAUGACCCCAUUACACGAUGCAUAUAGUGUGUUUGUCCUUUUGUACCAUUUUCCUUGUUCUCGUGUUUUAGUUAAGCAAGAUGAUUAAGUUGGGUAAGGAAUUUCGAAAAACUCGUUUAUUAGAGUUUGAAAAUUAUUUGAUUUUUAGUUUUUCAAAAUUAUAUUUAUAUUCCUGCAA